AGCCAAAGUGAGUUGAUUUUUUGCAAUUUGUGGAUUUGUGAAAAAAAAAAGUUCCUACAAUGCUACGAAUACUUCUAUUUGUAGCAGCUGUGGUUUAUAUCCAGGCUCUCCCCGCGGAGACUCCUGUGGAGGUACCUGUGGAGAGUCCUGCGGAGACUCCCAAGGAUUUUCAUGAAUUACCAAAAGUUAGUCCAGUGGAGGAAAAUGAUAAAUUUUCCAGAUUUCCCAGUGUGACCGAAAUGAUUGAAUCCUAUGGAUAUCCAGUUGAAACACAUGUGGCACAGACAGCUGAUGGAUACCUACUCACCUUGCAUCGUAUUCCAUAUGGAAGAGCUCCUGGUGCUGGACCAGCUCCCAAUAAGAACGUUGUCUUUCUGCAACAUGGUCUAUUGUGCUCUUCCGCCGAUUGGGUUGUGAUCGGACCGGAAAAUGGUUUAGCAUACUUGCUAGCAGAUCAAGGAUACGACGUGUGGAUGGGAAAUGCUCGAGGAAAUACUCAUUCCAGGGCACAUAUCAGUAUCAAUCCAGAUCGUAGAGCUUUCUGGGAUUUCAGUUGGCAUGAAAUUGGAAUUUUUGACCUUCCAGCUAUGAUUGAUUAUGUUGAGAGACAGACAGGUCGUAGAAGAAUUCACUAUGUUGGGCAUUCGCAAGGAACAACAUCCCUUUUCAUCAUGCUUUCCCUUCGUCCUGAGUACAAUGACCGCAUUCUCUCCGCUCAUGCACUAGCUCCUGUGGCCUUUAUGAAUAACCUCCGAAGUCCCUUUGUACGUGCUUUUGCUCCUUUCGUUGAUUCACUAGACACUAUCACGAGUCUCCUGGGCAUGAAUGAAUUUAUGCCGAGCAAUUCAAUGAUGCAAAUGGGAGGAUAUUUAACAUGCAGGGACUCUUCGCCAUUCCAGGAAGUUUGCUCCAAUGUUCUAUUCCUUAUUGCAGGAUUUAAUUCUGAACAAUUGAACCGAACCCAACUCCCUGCCAUUAUGGCCAAUACACCCGCCGGAGCUGCAACACGACAACUAGUCCACUAUGGACAACUCUAUAAUUCCGGGCACUUCCGCCAAUUUGAUCACGGCAGAAUUGGCAAUUGGCAAGAGUACGGCUCCUUCUCACCUCCAGAUUAUCCUCUUGAUCGCAUCACGGCUCCUAUUGCUCUGCACUUCAGCGACAACGACUGGUUAGCUGCUGUUGUGGACGUUCAGCGUCUUCGCUCGCAGCUGAGGAAUGUUAUUGGAGCUUUCAGGGUACCUUUGCCUGCUUUCAAUCAUCUCGACUUCCAAUGGGCUAUCGAUAUACGACCAUUGGUCUACAAUAGAGUUAUCAGUCUCAUUGAUCGCUUCAACGACUAAAUAGUCAAAAAACUCUUCUAAUCAUAAUGAAAAUUGUGGCAUUAUGAUUUCUGAGGCAUUUACAUAAUAAAAUCAUUUCAUUCAGAAA